UUAUGUCUAUCAUAUAGACUUUUAAAUGUUUACUAACGCAAAAAAAAAGCGAAUUUGCCUAUGCAAUUGAACCAGAAGCAGCUGUAUACCAAAUACACGAUCGCAGAGAGCCACCAGCCAUGAACUUUGCCGAUACGUACCACGAACGCAGGAGGGGACGAGUUUUUGUCGACGACCCGCUGUCUAGUCUCGAACAAGAGAUACUGCUGUUCAGACACAACAACAUCCAGAAAUUCCAACAAGUUUUAGGUUGUGUCGAAGAAGAACCGGAAUACAGGCUGGACGACAUUGAAUGCGCCUUACGUUACAACUCACUCGACUCCGGGAUCCCGCCUGAAUACGACGAAGACGAAGUAGCGAAUUCGAUUAACACGACUUUGAAUAGAUUGAUAUCGUUAUCGUUAGAACAACAAUGUUUUCAACGGCCGGAUGAGGAGGGUACGAUGAGCAGUUUUACCGCGGUUCCCGCCAAAACGAUCAACACUUGCUGCAGUCCACAACCACUGACAGAAACGUACAACCUGGUCGAAGAAGUUUACGUUAACCGAGACCAAUGUCACACGGAACUCCAAGUGCUGGACGAGUCGCCCGAAGACGGUAUCGUCGUGUCCAUCGAUAUAGGUACCACGUACACGGGCUACGCCUAUUCGUUCAGACGGUCUGGCAGGAUAAGCGUCAUGAAGAAACCCGACUACGAAAGUGAUACAAUAUUGGAUGGUCAAAAAAUACCGACGGCUUUGCUGCUGUCGCCAGAUUUUAAUUUCCAUUCAUUCGGAACGGCCGCUCGUGAUUACUUCCAUGAAAUGCACCCAGAAGAAGCUCAAAAGUGGUACUACUUCGAUAAGUUCAAAAUGUUUUUGUAUAACAAAGACGAAAUAACUAAAGACACUCAUAUAAUGGCUGCUAAUAGCGUGUCCCUUCCGGCCACUCGCAUAUUGACCGAAGCUCUACGACACCUGAGAUAUUUAAUUCUAGAAGAACUCACCGAACGAUGUUCUGAAGCUUUGAGUCCAGAUUCAAUUUCUUGGAUUCUAACCGUACCGGCUAUAUGGAAUAAGAGCACUAGACAUUUGAUAAAGGAAAUCGCAAUCGAGGCCGGGAUGGGUAGUUUGGAAAAUUCGGAAUCGGUGACUAUAAUUCUUGAGCCCGAAGCAGCAGCUAUACACUGCCGCAAUGCUCGUCUUAAACACGCCAAAGUACUUUCAAAAAUUAAAUAUCAAGAUACAAUAUAUGAAACUGAUUAUUGCGUUUUAAAUGAAGUAGGCGAAGGAUACAAUUACUUAGUUGUAAACUGUGGUGGUGGUACAGUCGACGUAACAAUUCAUCAAGUAUGUCGUACUAUAAACAGAUUGCCAAUCAGUAAACUUCAUAAACCCUCUGCUGGAGUUUGUGGAUCUCUAAGUGUUGAUAUAGAAUUUGUUAAGCUUUUGUGUGCAUUAUUUGGUUUUGGAUUUAUGUCCGAUUUCAAACUUCAAAGACCAGCUGCAUAUAUGGAACUACUUCAAAGGUUCGAAGAAGCCAAAAAAUCAGUUUCCAGUAAAGUGAGAGCUCCUAUAAUUAUAAGACCUCCGUACGCGUUCAUCGAACAUUACUUGAAGUAUUCAAACAAAGACGUUUCUGAUGCCGUUAGAGAUUAUGGAUCUGAUGCAAUUGUUUGGAAUGAGCUGGACGGCGUUUUUAUUUUACAUUACUUAGCAGUCGAGCCACUUUUUUUACCAAGUUUCGCUUGUAUUUCUGAACAAAUCCAUAGUAUACUAAACAACGAUCAAAAAGUAACCCAUAUGUUUUUGGUUGGAGGUUACUCUCAGUCAUUGUGGCUUCAAGAAAAGAUUGCCGAACGUUUUAGCGAUAGGUUGAAAAUAAUCUUGCCCGACUUCGGAUAUGUUAGCGUUCUUCGCGGGGCUGUCAUAUAUGAUCUAAACAGAUCUGAUAUGCCGUCAUUUAAAGCGAAACAUAGUUACGCUGUGGGAAUAAUUAAACCGUUCAUAGACAAUACUCAUCCGAUCGAAAAGCUCGUCAUAAAGGACGGCAAGCGUUGGUGUACGGACUUGCUAGAUUAUUUAAUAGAAGAAAACGAUUGUAUUAGGGAUAAUGAGACAGUCAUAAAAAAGUAUACUCCUGCGAACUCAUCGCAAGAUUCAAUCAUAAUUAAUAUAUACCUGGUACACAAUCAGUCAGCCAAGUUCGUAACGGAUAACGGAGUAUCAAAGUGUGGUUCAUUAAAAUUAACAAGAAAUGAAGACGUCCAUUUAUCUAAAGAACUAUUGGUACAAAUGGGAUUUUGUGGUCAAGGAGAAGUGGUUGCGACCGCAUUAGAUUUAACAAAUGGCACUCGAGUAGAUGCUCAGAUUACAGAAACGGAUUGUUAAAAAUAUAAUGCUUUAAUGCUUUGGACAUGAUUUUGCUAUAAAAUAUAAUAAGUCUUCAAAAAUAUAUUAUUAAUCACGGAAAAAGCUCAACGAGGUUCGUAACUGUAUCUUUAACGGACGUGAGUAAAGUACAUUACUGUUAUUUAAAUUAAACGUAUAUUUCAUACAUACCCGGAUCAGAUUAUAUACCUUGUUAAUUUUUUAGUUUUAUUGUAUAAGCUUAUAAAUGUAUCAGAUACAGCCUAAAUUUAAAAAAAUUAUAGACUAAAGACGUAUGUACUGCUAAGUAAUCGUUUUAAAAAUUAAUUUUAUAGUGAGUUUAUAAUUAUAUGAUUACCUUUAAUUAAUCAAU